AUAGAUUGGCGAUUUUGAUGGUAUUCACUUAAAAUGAUAAAGCAAUAAUUUUAGUCGAAUCUGCUGAGAUUCUCUUUAUAUAAAAUGACAGGUGAAAGAACUCGAAGAUGAGCUGGCCUCGUCAAAUGAUGUACAGAAACUAAAAAGUAAGUAGAAGCACACGCUGUAGUAAGAGUUGUAUAUGUGCGAGAUUGGGCCCAAUUUUAUCCCUGCUCAAUGCUCCAGUUGUGCCUAUAACGAUCAGGGUGCGAUAUACGUCAGCAACACGGUCUGGUACUUGUGGAUUCUAGGUGUAUUGGGUUCCAACUUGUAGUUUCAUUCAGAAAACUUCACGUCCACCAUAAUACUCACAAUAUACUUUAUCUUAAAUAACUAUUUUGGUUUUGUGCCGGCUCCAGCACAUUGAAAUUACCGUCGAAGCACCGACUUCAGUGGAUAGUCGUGAAUUAUCGUACCCGACAAUUACUUUUAAAAACUUUUAGGUUUGGAAGAAAAGAUCAAUACAUUCGCGCAGGGGAUGGAAACUUUAGAGAGCAGAUUAACUCAAGCCCAACAACUUAAGAGCGAAGCAGAAACAAAAGGUUAGCAAAGAACAAUGGCAAAACAAACGAUUUUACCAGUCUUGGGACAGGAACGAUUAUACAUUUUUGCAUCAAUGACAAAAUUCCGUCAAAACAGAGUGACUGGAUGGCAUGGAGAACAUUAGUAGCCCCAAACAACGAAAAAAAAAACAAAUAGACAAUAGAACAUUCUGAUCAGUGAAUUGUAACUAGUUAUGCUAUAACGUUGUUAUGCUAUAAUGUGUCCUGUAAUUGGGCCAUUAUUAACGAUUUUCUCAUUUGUUUUUCGUUCAGCCAAAAGGUUUGAGGAACUCCUCAAGAAAGCUCAAGAACCACCUGGUGCCCCUCCACCGCCCCCAUUACCCCCUCCUCCUCCCCCACCCCCCGCCCCAUCUCAGUUAUUGAAGUAAGUUUCUCAUUACAAUCGAUUUCAACUUUUGGUUAAACUCACAAGCAGGUUUGGAAACGAAGUCUCUAAUUGGUUACUAGAGGAAAGCAGUCAUUGAAAAGCUCAGAUGAUAAACUGGUUUGUGAAUCAUGAACUUUUCAACUUCGCGCGGAAUUACUUCGUAACGUUUAUAUUAUUACUGUCGUUGCAAUGGAAGUGUUGAUAAAAUAUCGCAUGAAUUCAUUACUUAGAGCUGAUCAAUUCAUUCGUUGAAAAAUUGAUCAACUUCCUGUGUCUUUGAAUCAACCAAUGGCUUUGCGUUUCAGUGACCGAUUGACCAAUUGGGAACAAGCAUGCCAGUAAACAGGAAGUUGAGCAAUUUUUUGACCAAAUGAAUUGAUCAAUGUUAGGUAAUGAAUUGUUGCAAUAUUUUAUCAACACUUCUAUUGCAACGACAGUAAGCGUUAUUAACUGAAUCAAUACUUACUUCGCAGGAAAUUCGUCGGAAUUGUCUCCUCUGGAGGAAAAAGGGGCCUAAAGAAAAGUAAGUUGUUGUUUAAAGUUCUUACUCUCAGUCUCAACUUUCCUUUCAAUGACAGUUUGAAAGUUUUGGUAGUUUAACGCCUGGUCGCAGUUUAUGCUAGAGCGAGAAUUCUUGUCUCACAAGUAUGUAUAGGAUUGGCUGUUGAACUGGCCAGUAAGAUGCGGAGAUUACCUCAUCUCGCUUUGGAACGGACUGUCGAAAAGUCAAGAAUGAAUAUAGAGAAACGAGAAGAAACUCUGAUUUGAUAAUUGAUAGAAAUUUCGAGCGAAGGCCCUUUGUAUCUUUCCAAAGAAAGUUGAAAUGAGAGUAAAAGUCUUUAUAAAGCAACUAUAUACAGUAAAAUACGAAAUUAACUCAAAUAUAUAAAAUGUACACAAGCAUACCUUUAUUCCAUAUCAGCUAAAUCAGGUAAAUCAAUAAAAGAAGAUCCACGCGUAAAGGCAAUGUCUGAAAUGAUGGAGAGAAUUAAAAAUGGCAAAGUUGAACUCAAGAAAACUAUUCCACGUCAGGUAAAAUCUUAUCACAUCCUUACCUUAAGUAUUUUCAUGCUUCUUACAUCUUCUCCUAUGGUAUAUUGUAAAUAAUUCCACACUGUCUACUCAAGAAAAACUCCACUCAGGAAAAAUUUCCACGGACAGAAAGUUUUCCGAAAAUAUCAUUUCAUUGUUAAAAGUUGAAUAUUUUCAACUUAGAUUGGUUUUCCAACGGAAAAUUUGUGUCGGCCAAUCAACAUUUUACAAAAUUUUCUUCCUGCGGAGAAUGUUCCCGAGUGGAAAUGGGCCAGUAGAUGGCGGCCAAAAAGAAUUUACAUCAUUUUCUGAUUUCUUAGUUGUUUUAAUGAAACAGUAGAAACACCAGAAUAAAGUCAAAUGAUUAUCUUUUCAUACAGGCUUCAACACCGUCACCGGUCGACGUGGAAGGUGAAGGUUCUGCUAUGGACAAUUUAAGAGAUGUUUUAGUAAGUAUUGGAUUAAAAAAAGUUUUUGUUUAUCAUUCCGAGGUGGAUGGAAAGCCCGAGUUUCUGAAAAAAUGCAGUUUUUAAAGCUACAGCAAAACACCGUUUUUCGUCAAUUAUUUUAAGACUCUGAAUGUGGCGGACAUGCACGGUUAGAAUUGGAUUUAGGGUUGGGAUCUGGUUGGGUUUAAGAAACAUAAAAUAAUUGUAAAAAAUUAUCAAUUAAAAUACAAUUAUCAAUGAUGCUUUAAAAAUGACGCCAUAUUUACAGCUUAUAUGGUUGUAAAUAUGGCAUCAUUUUUAAAGUAUCAUUGAUAAUUGUAUUUUAAUUGAUAAUUUUUUACAAUUAUUUUAUGUUUCUUAAACCCAACCAGAUCCCAACCCUAAAUAGAAAUUUUGAAUGUAGUCAUAACCGCAAGUGGUAUAUUAUACGCAUUAGUUUUGAGCGCUCAAUCAAUUGCCUAAGAGCAGUGCAAUUUUUUCGAAAUACAUACAGUGUCAAAAAGUGAAAUAUAGUGCAAAAAAUGAAAUACAGUGCAAAAAGUGAAAAUAGUAUAAAAACAAGUGAAAUUCCAAGUUUCGAGUGAAAUUUGGAAAAACGUAUACUCGUGAGUUUUCAAAGACUCGUGUAAUUUUGAUCGUCUUCGAAAAACUCACUCGUGCAUGCUUUUCCCAAAUUUCACUCGAAACCAUGCUAUCAGCUAUACAUACAAAAAAUCUCCUCUUGAUUGUUAAUUUGGAAAUGAACCAUAACCCUGACCAGCGAUAUUAUUUUACAUUUCUAAGAAAAACUGGGAACAUUUCCCCAGAAACAUUUGCUGAAAUAACUGAAUUGACACGCAUUACAGAAAUCCAUAAAACCAUCUCCAUCAAAAGACGACAAUGGAACAGAGAAUGAAGAUGAGAAAAAAUCGCACACAUUUGGCGUUCAUUUACGUAAACCUGCCGAACGAAAACCAAGAUCGUUGUCAGACUCAAAUGAUCCAGAAUCUAAUUUUAGAUCAAUGUUACGUAAACCUCGAAGUCACUCCACAGGGGAUAUGUUGGACGAUGAGGGUGACACGGGACAGACGAUGGAUCAGGAUUUGUAUAAAUUACUGCAGAAACAAAAAGCUGCCGCUGAGAGAGGUAUGUUACGUCAUGUUAGGCGAUGAUUUAGCGGGAAGACAGACUUGGAGCAAGCUAAAGUUCUUCCCUGAUUGCAUGGCAUUGUGUCAGAUUAGGCACAGUAUAGCAAUACAGAAGACUUGGACCAGCUAGGUCUAAAACAAAACCUGUUUGCAAGUCAACUAAUUUUGUAUAAACAUUGUUUUUCUUCUUGUUGUCCUAACCAGUGUAAAAUGCGACUUUCCAUAUAGAGACAAAUAAUCUGCUCAAGGAUGUUUUCUGAGUGUCCCCAACAAGGAAUUCAAGAAACCAAGGUCUCUGGUCAUGGGCGUACCGGAAGGAAAAAAUUAGGGGGGCGGAAAGAAAAUUGCCCGACUAGUACCAAAAAAAUUUUUCCGGAAAAAGUAUUUUGGAAACCCCCCCCCCCGUCGCCAAAAAAAUUUCGGUCAGUGUACCAUUUUAGGAGUCAAAAAAAUUUUCCGGACAACCAAUAUUUUUCGGAACAGCACAAAUUUUCGAAAAAUCACAAAAUUUUCCAAAAAAUUGACUUAAUUUUAGACAAAAUUGACAGAAUUUGUCCCAUUUUUUUUUAUUGCAAACCAAAAUUGCCCGACUGUUGAUCGAAUAUUGCCCGACUGCCCAAAAAACUGGGGGGGCUACCGCCCCCCCCCGCCCGGUACGCCUAUGUCUCUGGUUUAACAUACCAGGGCUCUCUAACCAUUGAGCAACACCAAUUCCACAAUUCCACAAAAAAUGGGUAUCCAAUUCCACAAAUAAGACGAGCUGGUCUCAUGGUUUAGUAAUGUUUUUGUUUUUCUUUUUUCAGACGAGAAAGCAGAGAAACAACAAAAUCAUACCGAGAAAGAACAACAAGCUGGCAAAACGAGGGAAGAAAAAGGGCAAACUUUAUGAAACUAUUUGCAAGCACAAAGCAGAAUUUAAUUUUGCGCAGGUUCGAUUAUAUACACCAUGGAUAAGAUUUCCUUUUUUGCUGGAAUUGUAAGUUAUGUUAAGUAAGUGAGUUAUGAAUUUUGCCAAGAGAGCGAAGCUAGAUCAAUUUCGAUAUCUCUCAAAGAUUUGGUAAAUAACUUUCAUGAGCAAAAAGUUGAGCGAGUUUGGGAAUUUGACCCAACUCUUUCAACCAAAUUUCAUUUACAGACCAAGGACAGCGAAAAGCGUGAAUUUUGAAAUAAUCCACACACUUUGUUACAAUUGUACUCGUUAAUUCCGGCACAAACAUUGAAAUUUUAACGCCAUUUUGACCGAUUGAAUUUCGCCAUAUUGAUUAAUAAGAACACUGGAUUCUUAAAGACACGUAUAAACUCUGUACAACAGAGACGAAUUUGAUGUAACUAUUUAUGCACGAUGAUGUAGUUAUGGCACUAAGCGCUAGAUAAUCACAGAAAUUGUUCAAGUACUGGCAUUGUUAAUAUUUCAAUUUGUUAACAUUAAACAUUGUCAAAAGCAACACAUUCAUGUCUAUCUAACGUAGAAUUUGCGUACCUGUUUUCCAAUUCAAUCGUACCGAAACUAGCCUGCCACUUUUAUGGGGGGCCCGAUUUGCAACGGGCAGGAUCUGCCCAUUGCAAAUCAGGCCCCCCAUAAAACUGAGGGCCUGCCACGCAGGCUAUAUACCGAAACGUACAGUUGCGUUUUUGUCCUUAGUUCCAUUUUAAGUCCCGUUUACGUGCGAUUUUGUUCUUCUAAUGGAUGUGAACGAGUAAAUAAGUUAUGAAUGUUCAGAGUAUAUGUCUCACUGAUGUACCCUCAUCUGAAGCACAGAAUACUAUGCAGAAGUCCAUCUCCAUUGUUUUUUGCGUAAGCGCUAUUCGUCAUGAUUCGUCACUCGGCAAGUACCGUAAACAGAAGCAGUUCCCCCCUCCCAUGAAGCAGUCCCCCCAACAAUGGAGAUGGACUUCUGUAUAGUAUUGUGUCUGAACAUUCAAAUGCUCUCAAACACGAAGGCACACGCCAUGUUUCGGUACGAUAUGUUUAGAAUGGAAAACAGGCUUUAAAUAACUCGUUUUAUACAAAAUGAUUUCUACCCUAAACUGAAGUCGGGAAAUGCAUGUAAGAUUGUUUAUUGCAAAAGCUGUUUAGACUAGAAUUUCCCUCAGAACAUGCAAUGUACUCUCUAAUACAAACGUGAACCUACGAACCCUCUCAGAACAUGCGGUGUACCCUGUGAUACACAAUAUUACAAAGGAUAUAGUGUUCAGCAAUAUCCAUGAGAAAUAAAGCAGUCAGGCCGUUCUAACGUCCUCUCGUAAGUCUUUCAAUGACACGUUCCAUAAUUCUUUUUGCUUCACAAUUUGGGAAAUUUCUCAUGUCAUAAUAUUGUGGAGCCACCUUGACCAACCUGGCACAAGUUUAGAAAUAAUCGAAGUUGGAUUAAUUUAAUUUACGGAUAGUUUCAGUUGAUACAAAAGCUUUCAUAUGAAAUAUUGUGG